AUGAAGGGAAAACAGUUUGUGUUUGUUCCGCCAGAAACUCCUGAAGAAACUCCUGAAAAACGUCAGGAAUCAAGGUUAAAGAGAGAACCCAACAUGUUCAUCUCUUUUCGCAAAGAUAUGAUGAGAUAUAAACCUUAUAACAUGCCAAUGACAAAAUAUAGCCAGCUAGUAUCAGGAUGGUGGAAAAAGCUCUCAAAGGAUAAGAAAUCUGAAUUGCAAAAGCAAUAUCAAAUUAAAAGAGAUCAUAACCGUCAUGUAAAGUUAAAUCAAGUUCAAACGCAAGGGGAAAGUCUCUCAAAAGUUGAGAACAUUGAAAUGCAAUAUCAACCUAUAUCAUAUCAAACGCAAGCGCCGGCAGAUAUAGACUAUUAUUAUGUAUAUGGAUAUGACCCGGAUUUUAAUUAUUGUUAUGUCGAACCAGUACCAGUUCAAGAUUUGGUCCUUUUGGACAUUUAA